UCCAUCACUUCAUGGCGGCAAUGGUGGCCACCGAGAGGAGCAAAGUGCAGAGGCUUUAUGAUGCCUGUGCCAUCAUCUUCUCCUCUUCUCCGACGAAAGCUCUUCCAACUCUGUGGCAACUCAGAUGGCUCCAAACCAUUCUUGAUGCGAUGGAGCCGAUCGACGUCGGUAUCGAUGGAUCAGGAGAGGAGAGCAGCCAUGGACUCAUCUUAGGGCAAGCAGUUAGAGAGAUCACAUACGUACACAUUCAUGAAUGCCAAGACUUCUCUAUAGGAGUGUUUUGCUUCCCGGCCGGUGCAAGUCUACCUCUGCAUGAUCAUCCAAACAUGGUCGUCCUCACCAAAGUCCUGUAUGGAUCCAUUUCAGUGCAGUCCUACGACUGGGUCGACUCAUCAUCGAGCUCCAAUAGCCCUAGAAGAAGUGGAUUAGCAAGGACUGUGGAUGAUGGUUGCACCCUGCAAUCCUCGUCAAAGGUGUCAGUUUUGUUUCCAAAGGGUGGAGGCAACAUUCACUCGAUCACUGCCUUGUCUCCCUGUGCGAUCUUGGACGUCUUGGCUCCACCAUAUUCAGAGCAGCAAGGAAGGUCAUCGAGCUACUAUGUUAGCACCCCAGUACCUUCUCUUCCCGGUUUUUCGAUACUCGAGGAGACCGGAGUGCCGGACGAUCUCCAUGUCGUCGGAGCGACGUACCUUGGUCCCGAGCUCAGCUUCGACCUAAUUGAUACAGAGAGGGCAAAAGUUUCAACUCCAUGAUUCUUUAGCUAGACUUCAUUGUUUUCUUUGAGACUUUUGUGCUGAGCAUUUUGGAAAGAUAGUGUGUACAUUUAGAACUUUAUGCCAA